AUUUUAUAUCAAAUGUUUGUCAAACUUUGCUGCUUGAUUUUUUUUACUUGAAGAAACUCUUACUUACUCAUCACCACAUAUCACCGGUCCGCAACUGUUAAACUACCACGUCAAGAAAACCGAAAUGUCCGGCCGAAAUGUCGGGCUCACUGCCACCUCGCCCAACUCUUCCACUGACAACAGCGUCUCCUCCGGCAGCCACCACAAUUGCGACAGCAGCUGCAACGCCGCCGCCGCCGCCCUCGCCUCCUUUUCCCUCACAGAAGAGGCCAGCAAGCUCUGCAUCACCAUCGAUCUAGUCGCUGCCGCGCGCCGCCAUCUCUCCUUCCUCCGUUCCGUCGCCGGCUCUCCUAUCCUCCAACACCCCUCCGCCAUCCUCUAUUCCAUCCGCCGGUACGAGGAGAUAUGGAUGCCGAUGAUGGCGGAUCUAUCGAGCGAAUUGUCUUCGGUUCCGAUGCUUCUCCCGCCGCUGGACGUUGAAUGGGUCUGGCUUUGCCACUGCCUGGAUUCGGAGCAUUACCGCGAAUACUGUGUCUCCAAAUUUGGGGCGGUUAUAGACCGGCCGGCUAUCCUUGACAAGGAGAACGAGGAAUACGCUGCCGAUCGCUGCCGCGAUAUCUGGAACGACCGCCAUCCAUCAGAGCCCUUUGAUUUCGACUUCGAAGAGGAUAAUUCAUCCGUUGUAAUCACCUCAGAUGCCUGCUCUAGUAGUGGAAUCUUCGCGUCCGUGGCUAAGCACAGUGAGUUGUGUUCCUUCUUCUCCGAUCCAUUCGUUCCAGAGAUAGUCUACCUUGUCUCUGCUCGGCGGAGGUACAUAAAUUUUCUGCUCCUGAUGAAGAAAUCGGCAGUAAGGAACUUCAGGAUGGUGCCAGCCGCAGAUAUUCGCCUUAUGUGGCACACCCACCAGAGUUUCCCUGGAAGAUAUGUUACAGACAUGGAGGGGAUGGGGGAUUUGGGGAGGAGGGUGGUGGGGUUCAAAGACCAGGUGACCACGGAGGAGGCGGAGAGGACAAUCAGGGCGUGGGAGGUGGAGUUCGACGAGCCAUACGAGCGAGCUGGGGUAGCUAUGGAUCCUCCGUCGUCACCAGGGAGGUUGUUCUUCAACUGGGAUGCAUUGAACAGCGACGUGAACCGCCAUUACAAAGGCCUUCAACCGAGGUUCCUUAUGGAGGUGACUGUAUUUCUCAAAGGCAAAUGGGAAGAAAAGGAGUGCCAUAAGACAUUUUUGAGAAUGAGAACGGUCAGAUCUCACAAGGAGUUAAAACUGGACAAGUCCAUCUCCGAGUCAUCAUCUUCAGAACAAUGGAGGAAGACAUGGCACCUUUAUUGUGAGUUCAGCGCAAGAGGCAUUGUGAUUGAAGUUCGCAAACGUGGAAACGGUUUCCUGAGAAAUAGUAAAUUGAUUAAAAAGAUAUACUUUUACUGGAAUGAUUUGCUACGUUCGACGACGCUGACAUUAAUCCGAGAACUUGAGUUUGAACUUAGAGCUUUGUCAUCUGUAACUCCCCCAGUCCAGGCUCCAUACUUACUGAAAACUGUUCCAGAUUGUGUGACUGAUGACUCUGGUGCUAUGAUCUCAGAUGUUAUACUAAAAAUGAAACGUUAUAGGCCUCAAGAAGGUCGCUGGUUAUCUCGUACGGUUCUCGAUCAUGCCGGAAGGGAGUGCUUUGUUAUCCGUACACGAGUAGGUAGGGGGUUUUGGAGGAGAGGAGCUGACAAUCCAGUAGCAGUUAAAUGGGAUGAGAGAAUUAUAGAAGUACGUGAAGGCCAGUGGUCUUAUGUUGCUAGUUCAGUUGGUUAUGCUCCUGAGAAGGUAGUUGGUGUUGCAACUCCUGCAAGAGAAGAUUCAAAUGAUAGAAAGAUUGUUUGGUCUUUGUCGACUGGAGAUGUCUUAACGAUAUGUUGGGAGCAUGGAUUGAGCUUUCAGCUUCAGAAUGAGAGCUCGGAUCAAUCAGUUGUUCUGCAAGAAGGAAGGAAAUUGCAAUACCAAGUUAGCGAAAACAAUCCGGAAGAGGAGGAGCAGUACAUCACCAUAGUAAGAUCCAACCCAGAUAACCCAGAUGGCAAAGCCACUGCUCUUCUAAACUGGAAACUCCAAGCAAUAGAAUUCUUGCCAGAUGAAGAUGCAGUUUUUGUUCUCCUCCUCAACAUGGCCAUCCUCCGAACCAUUUCUCAGAUCAGAAGAGAAGACAUUGGUGGUUUGCUUGUUCGGCGCCGAGUUCGAGAGAUUAGUCCUGGAGUAAGAGAUUGGGGAUCUGUUAGUCUUCCAGCCAACUCUUCCAAUGAUCAUCUUCUUCUUCCCCAUUUCAAACCCUGGUACUGGAACAAUGCCAGUGAGGUUUUGGCAUCAGCAGAAGCUAAUGAUUGGCGAGGCCAAAAUCACAGAUAUUCUCCUGCAGUUGGUAAGGAUGAGUUGUACAGAUCAAGUAUAAUUUCUUGAAGAGGGAAGAUAAAUGAACUGAACUAUAGGCGAUUUGUGUCUUGUUUAUGCAUUUGUAUACCUGGAGUUGAGAUGACACAGCUCGUCUUAGUCUAUUGGUUGGGAGUUUAUGCUACCAACUAAGAGGCUUUGAAUUCGAGUCUUGUGUAUAUGAUGUGUGUGUGAGUCUGUCUUAAUUGGCCUAAAUGCAUGAUGCCAAUUUUGUAAUUAUUGGAUUUAUUUUGAGAUAGCAUAUUACUGAGAUAAAUUUUGUAUUAUAUUUUUCUCAAAAGAAAUUCAAUGAUGCAUCGUGAUUAUAUUUGAACUUUUUUUUUUUUGCUUGUUUCCACACAACUUAACAUCCAUGGAAAUAAAUAGAGGAUUUUGGUCGCU